UGGGAUUACAGGCAUGAGCCACCGCGACCAGCCUAAAUUAUUGAUUUAUAUUCUAACUGUUUGCCAAAAGGAUUAGGUGGCAUAUUAUAAAUGCACAAUAGGACACUGGAAACAUAAAUAGAAAGCUGUAUACCACAUCGCAGGAUAGAAGCAUAUGUGCUUAACAGCUGGGCUUCCAGGGUGCCUGUGCUUGACUGGCAAUAGUGACGCUGAACUUCUGGCAGCCUAGGCAAAAAGGAGGGCUCAGUGGAUUCCACAGUUCACGUGUCUUGCAUCCAGUUAGUCAUAAAACCAGAGCUUCUGCUUGGGGAGGGGAGCAGUGGGGUGAUUGCUCCCAGAUGUGGACAGCUCAGCAAGGGCUCCAGAAUGUGUGUAUGAGUGGGCGUGUGUAUUGUGGGGAGGGACAGAGGGAGCAGUGUGCUGUGACCAUGGUUUAAGUACUGGCUGGAUAGCUCCUUAGCAGGAGAAAGGCUUUCUGACAAUAGCUCACAUUAGGGGCAACUCUUCUAGUUAGCACCUCAGUGUUGGGUAUCUAAAUUCAUGUCUUGGUACUCUACUGCUAUGGGCUUUAAUGCAAAGAGAGAAGAGAGGCCUGGUUCCAGAAGAUUCCAGAGAAGUGAGACCCUGCAGCUGAGGGAGCAUCAUGGCAGUGUUUCUGGAGGCCAAGAAUGCCCAUUCGGUCCUGAAACGAUUCCCUCGUGCCAAUGAGUUCCUGGAGGAGCUGCGCCAGGGCACCAUCGAGCGAGAGUGCAUGGAGGAGAUCUGCAGCUACGAGGAGGUCAAGGAAGUGUUUGAGAACAAAGAGAAAACGAUGGAGUUCUGGAAGGGGUACCCAAAUGCAGUCUACUCUGUCCGAGACCCCUCGCAGAGCUCAGAUGCCAUGUACGUGGUGGUACCCCUUCUGGGGAUGGCACUGCUGAUCGUCAUCGCCUUGUUCAUCAUCUGGAGGUGCCAGCUGCAGAAAGCGACCCGUCACCACCCCUCCUAUGCUCAGAACCGGUACCUAGCCAGUCGCGCCGGGCACACCCUCCCCCGGGUCAUGGUGUACCGGGGUACUGUGCAUAGCCAAGGGGAGCCUUCUGGGCACCGAGAGGCAGCGAGCAGCCCCCAGGUGGUGCUGGGGCCCAGUCGGGGGGGCAGGACCACAGUCCGGCUCGAGAGCACCCUCUACCUCCCUGAGCUCUCUCUCUCCAGACUGUCCAGCACCACCCCUCCCCCCUCCUACGAGGAGGUGACUGCGCCCCAAGAGAGCAGCAGUGAGGAGGCCAGCGUGUCUUACAGCGACCCACCCCCAAAGUACGAGGAGAUAGUAGCCGCCAACCCUGGCGCUGACAAGUAGUGGGACGUUUGUGCCCUGUCCUGGAUGAACGCCUCUUUCCGAGGUCUCCUAUUUUCUUUUUAACUUUUUAAAGACUGUGCCACCACAAAACAGCCUUAGCCUCCUUGUUGCCAAAUAAUUCCCUAACUGUGGAGUUUUAGGAAGUCAGUUGUCAGAGACAGGUGGGGAGGGUGGGGGUAGGGACCACGCAUGAGUUGAAGCCCCCGGGAAGAGCCAAAGGCCAAAGUGCCCAACUCUUUGGGAUGACCCCCAAGCCUCCAACAUCCUGUCUUUCCAUCAGGAACUGGCUUCUCUUAUGCCAAAGGAAUAACCCCAUUGAGUUGAUUGUGGCCAGAAUGUCCACAGGCCUGGCCCGGGGGCUGUGGGACUGGCUGGAGGCCUGCCUGUGUCUAGAGCUCUGGGCCUCAGGGGUAAGGGAGGGAAGCCAGCCUUUCAGCACCCCUUACCCUCCACAGUUCUGUGCUUUCUGUCCUUGAUUACAUUUGGAGGACAGGGACAAGGACUGAGCAAAAACAAAAUGAAAAAAUCAUGACAAAUAAAUAAUUAACACAAUAGAACAAAACUCUAGCACCCGGGUCGUUCAUAGGAGGCCAAGGGAAAUUUAUCACACGGAUCUGUGAUGUCCGCCUCCCCUAGAACCUGUCCCCACACUCCUGGAAGGAGGACAGGGUGUGUGAAGGAUGAGGGCCAGAGGGCCGGGUGGCAGAGUUUCCUCUUGCACAUUGACCAAGGGGCCCACGUGGACUCUGCCAUUCAGUUUCUAGUGUGCUUGUCUCUCCAGACAUGUGGAUCAGCUGUGUUCAAACCACUACCCACUGGCAUGAGCCUACUUUUUGCGAAUGGUGCAUUGAAAUUGAACUUCAGAUUGAGGAUUUCUCCUUAAUGAUGGUGCGCAUCUCGGGAGAAGAUCCUAAAGUGUCCCUUUUAAAACAUUUAUUUGUGAAGAAGCCCGUGGCCUGGGGUUGAAGGCCCAUUUGGGGUUUGCUCUGCUGUUGCCAGGUGCCAGUCUGUUUUCAGUGAGGCUUUGGACAGCAGUGGGGCAGAAGGCACCUGCCCUUUAACUGUCAGUGACCAUGCUAGACACUGUUGAUACCACCUCCCCCUACUUCCGUCUCCAUCCUCCUGACCUCAACACCAAACCAUUUCUCCUCUGUGGUGCUUUAAAAAUUGUAGCAAAUUUUUGUGUGGUGCAAGAAUGCAUGGCCUGGGUCUAUUGGCAACCACAGCAGUUUAAAAUCCACUGAGUUGACAAGCUUUUUUCUGUCAAAAUAUCUCUCUAAGGCAGACAUUGGGACUCAUUUCCUUGAAUGCAGCCCUGCCUUCAGGUCACAGAGGACUUCUGGAGGCUGCUGUAGCCCUGAGGACUUGCCCUGGGACGUGCUUCCAGUUAGAAGGCUUGUGUCCCUACCCCAGUGAGGCCACCAGCUUGGACCACUCCACCCUGUGGCUGGAGUUUUCCAUCCUUCCCCCUACCUCACAGGCCCGUUGGAGGCUGACUGAGCAAAUGCCUGCGAAGUGCUUGAAUUGCCGGGGAGCCAGCGAGGUUUGCCUUAGGAAGAGUCUUCUAGAAAGGUGUAGGUUAUAAGGGAGCAGUCUUAGCUGAGGCCCUCAUAUGCCUCUAAUGUUGAGUCUCCACUUGGGGAGUCAAUCUCCCGUCAGUUGACCCUUUCCAUCCUCUCGUCCUCCCUUUCCAGAGCUGCCUGAUGCCAGAGAUGCUGAGCAGGUGACAUUCUACCUUUCAUUACUUUGUCUUUCCCUCCCCCGGGUCUUCAGCAUUGCACUCCUGCCCUUCGUCACAAAGGGGUUUUUGGCUUAGAAGGUCCCUGCUUUUUCCAUGUUGGGGGACCUGGGGAAGCCUGAAGCUCGGGGCUAGCCCUGGCUCUCCCAGUAUUUCUUCAAGUAGGUGCCAGAGUGUGACCUGGGAGCAGGUGAGAAGACACUUAUCCCAAUAUGUCUACUCAGUUAGCACAGAGCCAGGCAUGAGCUCCACUGAUCAGAGCCAAAGGGAGUUUGCCAAGAAAUCCCCGCUGCCUUUGGCAUCUGAGUUGCAGCUGGGUGAUAAUGGGAGAGAGCAGGAAGAAGCCCAAGGCCUGGCCCAUGGAGGGCAACAUGUGUCCUUCAGGGGCUGAGGACAGGCCGUGGGAAGAGUCACAGGUGGUUGCUUAAGGCCUGUGGUGUUCGGUUCAGAUGCUUCAUGGUGUUCUGCCAGGUGGGGUUGCACCACGGUCUCUGGGAUGGUUUUUGCAGCACAUUGUAGAAAAAAGACUGUACAGCACACAGCAGGCAUCACUCCUUGUGGUGCACACUUGGCUUUUAUGAAUGCCCUGUACAUAUCUUUUCAAACUCUGUGUUUGUAUGGAGGUAGAUUUGAUACAAUGCUGACUCUUUCGUGGCUACAUUUUUGCUGUUUUUGGACUUCUAUGCGUGUGUGUGUGAAUGUGUGUGUGUGUGUGUGUGUGUGUGUGUGUAUCUACGUGUGCACAUUGCCUUUUCUCAUUGCUUAUCUGAAACAAUAGCCAGUGUGCAGCUAUAUUUGUACCGGGAGGGAUCCGGUCUGAAAAGAGGAAUGUCACCUCCCCUCCCAGGGCUGGUUAGCCUGAUGACAGGGCCCUGAGCAAGGAAAAGUGGCAUUAACUAUAUCGGACACCCAACCCCCAAAGUUGUCACUGUUUGCCUCCUUGAAAAAGGCUUUGGAAGAAGACAAAGCAGCUCCAUUCUGCGGGCCUCCGCCCUAUGCAACCCCCGCUCACACGCCCUUUUGGCAUGGUGCCCCUGGCCUGGGCUCCAGUUCUGUGGGCGUCAGCAGCUGAAAGAAAUCUGAGCACUCCUGGGCAUGGUGGUUUUUUUGUUGUUGUUGUUUUUGGUUUUUUUUGUGGAAAGAUGUGUGACUAUUGACUUUGGGUAUGGCGGGACUAGUUAAUUAGAUGUUUUUCAUUUUUCAAAAAGAAAAGGCUUUAAAAAUUUUCUUGAAAUGUGACUGUCACUUGUUUUCAACCAAAAACUUUUAAAGAUUUUUUAAAAGAAAAAUCGAAAUCCUGUCCCUCCUCCGCUUCCCAUUGCCUCCGGUUUUCAAAAUGAAAGCACAAGUGCAAGAGUGGGGUGCACAGGUGCCUGGCAUGUACACACCACCCACACAGCUGCAUCCAGCUCUGGCUGAGGGAGACGCAGUGCUGAGCAGUCAGCCCCGGGAGACCUCUUUUUCAGCUUCCAAUCCCACUGCCAUGAAUGUGAAUUCCUUAGGGUGCUUCCAAAAACAGGAGUCUGCCUGAUCUGUCGGACAUUGCCUUUUUGGUAGCCCGAAUAUGAGGAAUUCAGGAUAGGAAAGUGUCUUUUUGUCAAGUAGUCAGAGCCGGAUGCUUCUCCUCUCCCAGUGGGUGGAGCAUCGCAACCCCCAGCCAGAGUUGAUCUUUUGACAACCCAAUGACGUCCCAUGAGAAGGAAGAAGAAAAAGUCAGCCCUGCCUCUAGAUUGUUAUUUUGUCUGAGAGAGGUCAUGGAGAGAGUCUCUCUCGCUCACGGAGGCUCUGUCUUUCUAGGAGCAUGUGUGUGUGCUGUUUCAUGUGUGGACACUCACAGUUGAGGCUGAGAUGGAUAUCUUGGCAGCAGAGCUGCUGGUCUAGGUGGCUUUUCAGCUUGACAAGUAAUGAAGCUCCAUUUCAGGACUUCACCGAUUCCGAAACAAGCACAGCCGCCCACCCCCUGCCACGGAACUCUACUAAUACUGAUCACUAUAAUUAGCUAAUUUAAAAGUACGGUAAUCAGACUGCUUGCAACUAUAGUAAAAGCCCAUUAAUUUGAAGCCCACUACUUCAGAACUUCGAGAAAAUCACAACUUAAGACAAUUCACAGUAGCUGUGAUUCUGGCUACAUAAAAAUAUUUGAAAUAUUCUUCCCUUUAGUCAACGUUCAGGGUCUUUUGUGUAAGAGAAAUCCAGUUUAAAAUGAGUACCCUUUUCAAAGAAAAGGCUCAAGAUAUUAAGGAUCCCUUCACCGUGCCUUCAGCUUUGCAGUUCAGCACUUCUCGUAUGUACAGGGUGAUCUCUUGUUCUCUCUCCAUCACAGGGAUGUUGGAUACUGCAGCCUUUCACUCUACUCCUUUAUUUAUCCUGUGAAUAACAUAGUUUGUGAACUAGACUGCAAUUUAAACUAAUACACAUGAUGUAUCUUUCUAAAUAUUCUGUAAAGCAGAUGCUUCGCUAUCAGACUGGCCGCUCCAUCAUUCGCCUCCAAAUAUUCAAACGUGGGAGCUUUUCCUUUCAGACUGUGGGCAGCGAGUCUCUCUCUAGCAAGAAUUCUCUGACAAACAUACCCAAAUAGCACACCCUCUCAAGCUCAAUGCCUCAACAGUUGUUUCACUGUACUGAUAUCUGACUGCUGAAUAGUGCCUGCCCUUCACCCACCCCCAGCCCGAGCAUUAACACAGAUCUUCAGGAUUGGGACAAAUCCCCCAGCUGCUUUUGCCUCUCAAUCCAUCUCCCCUCAUAGAUACCACUUUCCCAGGCCUGAACACACCUGUUAUUUUGCUCUGACAUUGUGAAUUUGUGACAGUGGAAACCCUGAUAUGUGCAACUGAGCUUAUAGAAAUAAUUACUGUGAAAUGGAUUAAUUUUGAUACCACUUUAAACUGUGCUUGUAUUCAUGUGUUGACCCUUGUCAGCUGGGAAAUCUGUACAUUCAGUAUAUGUCAGCAUUUCACUGGAGCCUGGGGGCAAGAGACAAACUUGCUUCUGAUUUCUCUCUCUCUCUCUCUUUCUUUUUAUAAUUGUUGAAUUUGGCUGUUACAUUUUGUCUCCUUCUUUACAAGAAAACAAUAAUAAUAAAGAGCAAAUGGCAUCCACUUGAA